AUGAGGAAAAAAUUUCGGAAUAUGAUUGGGUAUGACCCAGUCCUGCGUCGAACAGGCUCUCUGUCUGAACCACAGUCCACAGUUCUGGAAAGUGUCCAGAUAUGUGCGCGCAAUUACACCACUGGAUCGUAUAAUACCCCUCAACGGAAGCUGAGAAUACUGGCGGACAAGGGCGGACAUGUGGUCGCGAGAACACGUGAACGCGGUCAGAGCACGACGUUCUUCCACAACACAACUGUCUUUUUCUUUUUCACCCUCAUUGGCAAAGUCAAAGCCACCAACCUCACAAGAACUUUGCAGACGGAGAAGCCAGCGCAAGGGAGAGGAAAAUACGCACAUCUACCCUCUGGGCUGAUCAAUCAUGGGAAUACGACGCUGUGCUCCAAGGCCUGCGUUUCUCGUCUUAACGUCUCUUUCGGGUAUUUUAUUGGUAUACUAGUCGAUUGCCACACACCUUCUGAACGACCUGGUACACUUUUACCCCCAUCCCACCUUCGGUACAACGAUUCUCCGCGACCCCCUCAACCUCACGACGAUCCCCUCGGCUCAAAUAGGCAUCAUCUGAACGGGGAGUGGGAUAAGCCCUGGGUGAACAGCAUGCCGACCGGAGAUAUGUUCUUGAACUGGAUGUUCAAGCACUGGCGCGCAGACAGACAGCCCAAAGUCGAUGCUCGUGACCCUUCAAGACGCCCACGAGGUUCUGGCAAUAUUCCUAGACGGGCUGCGGACGGAGAACAAGAAAUUAUCAACAAGCCUCUUAAACCGCCUCCCAGAAAACGACGUCGGACGACACUUACUCCCGCCGACCCUCGUGUGCCACUGUUCCCUGCACCCCCGCCUUCAGCCAUAAUUAACGAACAACCUCUCUUCCUUGACUUCCAAACCGAACCUUCACCACCUGCAAUCCAGGCCUCACUCCCUACUGCUAAACCCCCGUCUCAACAACACUCGAUACUCACACCUGGCCCCCUCUUCCCUAACGUCCAGCGAAGCAAUUCGCCCAAACCACCUAAAUCAACCGCAGGUACCUCCACAAAAUCCUCGCGGACGUUGGGUCAGCACCCAUACAAUGCCCUGUUUAAACCUAUUCCGCACCCUCAUCUCCACCACCACCACCACCACGCAGAGCCAAGUGAACCGGGCGCUUUGCAAAGAGUAUCGGAGGUGUUGGAAGAUCGAGAAUUGUUUGAGGAUGUUUGCGGCGGUGGAGGUGUUGGAUGGGCAGAAUAUGGCUGGGUGUUGGAGGCGGAGAAGGUGGGCGAAACGAAGGUGGAGGUGCUAUGGAGUGCCUGUUCCUUCGACUCUUUCAACGACAAUCCGCCUCACAAGACGUGUGAGAGUUCCAUAGCGAAUCAUUCGUUUCAUGUUGCUCUGACGAGUCCCGUUUUCAUAACGAUAGGCCUAAUCUCGACCAAAUACACGUACAGGCGGAGUCUAAAAUUGUACGUAUCGAAGUUCGUCUUCAGCCCCGACGAGGGAAUGCAAACAGACGCGAAUGGCGGUUCUUGGCUGGUGAGAUGGAGGGGCACAGAUAGAAUUUUACCGCUAUUCGUACAAAUGGGAUACAUCAAGGGCAGAAAGGAUAGGAAGAUUGCCCGCCACGUCGUGAAGACCCUGGCAAAAUUCCGUUCUGCCGUCCGCCGCAAGAGCGGCGUUGAAACAGCCUUGAUUGAAGACAUUGAUCCCGCCGCUGCAGGCACUCAUACACUUGUGAGCUUGAGCGUCCAUGCAGGAUUGGUAGACUUCGCCAACGCAAUCGGCUGGCGGACCCGCACGCAGAGCAGUAGAGGGAGACGCUACAGUUUAGCAGGCACUGGUUUCAACAAAUAG